CCGAUCUUAGCCCGCAUUGUUGUUCGCUGACCAGAGUUCAAUAUGGCGGACGAAGUUCCAAUGAAUCAAACUUGAUUGUUUUAAGAGAAGUAGAAUUCACAUUUAACUAGUUUGAUUUUAUUUUGCUAUGGAUAAUUAUGUUAAGACUUCUUCUGGGAUUGUUCCAGAGAAGGCAAAAGAGCCACAUGAAGUGUUCAUAAAAAGUGGGAGCAAGAUUAGAACUUGCGUUUCCCAUGCACUGAAUUUACUCCAGCAGGAAAAAAAGGAGUUAAUCAUUAUAACUGGAAGUGGACCAGCUGUUACUAAAGCUAUCACAACUGCUGAGAUUGUUAAAAGAAAAAAUAAGGGGCUCCACCAGCAUAAUCAUCUGUUCUUUUCCAAGACUGAGGACCUUUGGGAACCAAAACAAGAAGGACUUGACAAGCUGAAGGUCACACGGAACAUUCCAUCCAUCGCCAUUACUCUCUCAACUAAGCUGCUUGAUAGGACUUCUCCUGGUUACCAGGCCCCUGGUGAAGGUACACCCUUAGUCAAGUUCAGAGAUGAAGACAUUGAAUUGGCGGAUGAACCAGCUAAGAAGCGACACCACAAAGAAAGCACCUCGCAUCAGAAGAAAAAUAAAACAAGAAGAAAAAAAGAAGCAAAGGGGGACAAAGAAAGAGAAAACACCAAAAGGGAAGGAAAUGAGAACCAAAUAAAAAAACUGUCAAAAGUCCCCCAACAAACUAUUGGGUGAAAAAUUAAGCGUAUAUUUGAAUAAUUGAUAUCCUCUGUUUAUUUACUUUUGUGUAUUUUUAAGACUAUGUGAAUGAUGCAUCUUGUCAAACUUUAGCAGGUGAUUUUCGAACUUCUAAAUGCUGAUUACUAUAAAAACACACCUUCCGCAA